GCCUAUCUUCGUCCUCUCUAACCCGGCCUCCGCCGCCGAUUUCCUCUACCAAUACCAGCUCGGCCGGGAGCUAGGUCGAGGUGAAUUCGGCGUGACGCGGCUCUGCUCCAAUGUGGAGACAGGGGAGGCUUUGGCUUGCAAGACAAUAUCGAAGCGGCAAUUGCGGUGCACUGUAGACUUGGCUGAUGUCCGGCGGGAGGUGGAGAUCAUGCAGCAUUUGCCCGUUCACCCUAACCUGGUCCGGUUCAUCGAGGCCUACGAGGAUCGGGACAACGUAUAUCUUGUCAUGGAGUUAUGCGAGGGUGGGGAGUUAUUUGAUCGCAUCGUUGCGCGAGGGCAUUACUCGGAGAGGGCGGCGGCGAGCGUUACCAAGACUAUCAUGGAGGUUGUCCAGGUAUGCCAUAAGCAUGGCGUGAUACACAGGGACCUAAAACCUGAGAACUUUUUGUUUCUAGAUCAAUCAGAAGACUCUCCAUUGAAAGUGAUAGAUUUUGGCCUCUCUGUGUUCUUUGAGCCUGGUGAGCGCUUCAGCGAGAUUGUUGGAAGUCCAUUUUACAUGGCACCGGAACUUCUGAAGCGCAAUUAUGGACCAGAGGUUGAUGUGUGGAGUGCUGGGAUUAUCCUAUAUAUCCUUCUCUGUGGAGUCCCACCCUUUUGGGCAGAUAGUGAUGAAGGAAUUGCACAGGCGAUUAUAAGGGCAGCUGUUGAUUUCAAGAGGGAGCCAUGGUCAAAGGUCUCAGAAAGUGCCAAGGAUCUUGUGAAGCGCAUGCUCGAUCCAGACCCUGAUACAAGGCUUACUGCUCAACAAGUUCUUGAACAUCCUUGGUUGCGGAAUGCAAGUUCAGCUCCAAAUAUUCCACUCGGCGAGGCCGUCAGGUCUAGGUUGAAGCAGUUCCUAGUGAUGAACAAGUUCAAGAAGAAAGCAUUGAGGGUUGUAGCUGAUCAGUUGCCUUCAGAAGAAAUUAAUGGAAUCAUGCAGAUGUUUCAUAUGAUGGACAAGGAUCAAAAUGGGAACUUGACCCUUGAAGAACUUCAGGAAGGGUUCCACAAGAUUGGUCAGCCUGUUCCAGAACACGAUGUCAGGAUGCUAUUGGAAGCAGCAGACAUAGAUGGAAAUGGAAUGCUGGAUUGCGAUGAGUUUUUGACUGUCUCUUUGCAUCUAAGGAAGGUCAAUAGUGAGCAGCAUCUGCCUCAAGCAUUCAACUACUUUGACAAGAAUGGUAGUGGAUAUAUUGAGAUUGAUGAGCUGAGAGCAGCUCUUGGCGAGGGUCACCUCGAUCCGAAUGAUCAAGUGAUUCGAGAAAUCAUAAAAGAUGUUGAUAUAGACAAGGAUGGGAAAAUUAGUUACCAAGAAUUCGAGGCAAUGAUGAAGUCUGGAACAGAUUGGAGGAAUGCUUCGAGGCAGUAUUCGCGAGCAUUUUACAAUACACUGAGUCGAAAAUUGCUGAAGGAAGCAUCCAUGCCACCCAAAAGGGUCGAGCGACAAAAUGGACUAAAAAACAGCAUCUAAAGCUGAUUUUAUGGCA